AUGCCCAUGAGAUCUCUCAUCGACUGCGGCCGCAAUUUUUGCGACCUGAAGGGGCAGCAUAUUCGCCACUGCCGCGGUCGUGCCUUCGUCCAAGUCCGGGGAGAAAUUGUCCAGAUCUCCAUUGACAGCCGUAUCAUGGUGGAUCCGGCCUUCUUUCGCCAGAUGAAUCCAAACUACACCAGACCGCGGAUCAACCAGCGGAGUGAAUUAUACAUGGGCAGUGACAGCUCCGCCAGUCUUCAUGUGUUUUUUGAUAAUCAGGGUCAACGCAUGGGAGGACAGGUGAAAAGCAAUGGUGUGAAUCCAUCCGGAAUGAAGGACGUUGACUUUCUUACUUGCUGUCCAACGGUUUUAGGAUACUGUUUCAGCGAGAACAUGUGGAUGGAGUUUGCGGUCGCCGAUCUCGAUCAAGCUCAAUGGUCAUCCGCAACCUUCGAAAACCUCCGGAUUCCCAGUCAGCAAAUGGACACAUUCUUAGCUCUGGCAAAGACUCGAUUAGGCCUGGUACCUAGCAUCCCCUUUGACGAUUUCGUUACGGGCAAAGGGCGUGGCCUCAACGUGCUCCUGUAUGGCCGCCCAGGUCUCGGAAAGACUUACACCGCCGAGGCAAUGGAGGAGCACCUGCAACGACCCCUUUAUAGAGUCGCUGCGGGAGAACUGAUACACGACAAAUGUCUGGAGGAGCAUGUCUCCAACAUAUUCAAGAUCGCCAGCCAUUUCAAUGCUAUACUCCACAUAGACGAGGACGACGUCUUUUUGCAUGGACGCUCGAUCGGCGGAGUCCACGAUCAUUCCGUGACGGUCUUCCUCCGCAAGCUUGAAUAUUAUGAGGGGAUUUUGUGUCUUACUACAAAUCGUGUUGAUGAGUUUGACGAUGCUAUCCUCAGCAGGAUUCAUUAUAAGCUGAAGUACGAGGAUCCGACCCGAGAAUUCCGGCAACAGAUCUGGGGGAGUUUCCUUUCAAAGGCGGACACACAUAAGGGAAGCGCACAAGUGUCCAGUGAUAAGCUGCAUAAACUGGAGGGGAUGGUGGGUGAUUUGGAUGGUUGGCAGGCCCACUCUGGUUUAAAACAUUACGAGUGUAAUACCGAACCACCACGGUCCGGACCAGAAGGACGCCAAGGAGUGACUUUGGUUAACCAGUGA